CUAACACAGUAUCGACUUUCCUUACUACCCUUUUUCCCAAGAGUGAACCUCCCGUCGAUCCAUCCUCCAGAGAUAUACAUGUGACAUAUCGGUAUUUGAUUUUCAGUGAAUGGGACGACGUGUUCGGUAGGGCUGACAUAGGGGUAGUUUACAGAUAGGGAGGGGGUUAAGGUGUUCUGCGCGUGACGAGUCCGCAAUCUCUCGCUCCGUCCCCGAUACCGGUAAAUGUACAACCGUUUUUUGUCCAGUGCGAGCUGGAGGAGCUGUGAUUUGUUCUUGACCGUGUUGGCCUCGUGUCAUGUGAAUUCACCUACACUCCGAUGCUACUGAUGCAGAACAACGUGGUCUCAUCGUAUCUGGGCAACGUCCGGCAGCAGGAGGAUCCGCCGAGAAGACCCCACUGGCCUCCUGGAUCCGAUAAAUUUUGGCCACACGACCAUGCCGAUCACCCGGCCCGUCAUCUCAAUUGGGCUUCUGUUGCUUCCUGGUUUAUGAGACCGGAAGCCCGAACGGCUCCAUCCCAGGAUAAUCUACUUGCGCCAACAGUCUGCACGAGCAUCCGAUGCACUGUCCCUGGCUGUUCCUGUGAGUGUUUCACGCCAGGAAAACUCCACAUCAGAUACUGCGAGACCUGCUCACAUGGCUGGGUUCCACAUGCUUUGGACAAGUUGGGAUUCAGGCACGUGCUAGGACAGAAUGCUGUCGAACCCGUCCAGCUCAACGUGGCGUUCGACAUAGCAAGCCUUGUCUUGUACGGUUGUCAGGCACUCCCCAUCCGCCUCAAGAUACUUUUAGACAGGCUCUUCAGCGUUUUGCAGCGGGAAGAAGUCGUUCAGGUUCUCAGGGGCUUCGGGUGGAGUCAGGAAGACUACGCUCGAGGAUAUAUCUUACAGGAACCUCAUGGGGCAGUGCUGGACAGAUGGAAUAUUUGCAGCCCCGAGGAGGAGCCUCUGGUGCUUCAACAGUUUCUGAGGUUCGGGGAGACGAGGGCCAUCACCCAGCAGCUGCUUUUACACGGCGUCGGCGACGGCCGUUAUUUGCCGAGAAUGGAAGCGGACAUCAAAAAAUUGCUCGAGAGACGAAAGGAAGAAGAAAGGAGGUCGUUGAAACCGCCGGUCUCUCCGGCUUUGCACAGCUCCUCCAAUCUCAGGGUGCCGCCUCCACCGCCCGCCAUUUCACCUCAACACAAACCAUCGCCUAUUAGCUUUAAACUGCCCCCGACCGGACUCACCUGUACGCCGGCCACAUCCGCCCCUUCGUCGCCUCCCAACUCGAGCCCGAUUUCCGUCUCGCCGCUCAACAAACUUCAAAACAUGCAACCUUUCGAUUACAGAAAAGCGGCUUCGAAGGCGAGUCCCGAAAGGAGGAGGCCUUCCGAAGAAACCAGCCCUCCUGGCUUGAUGAACCUCUCGGUCACCGGCAGUUCGGUGCCCUGUUUGCCACCGCCACCUCUGCCGAGCAACCCUUCCAUGCUUUCCGGACACAAAUCCCCGUCUGCGGACUACUAUCUCAAUACGGGAUCGUCGGAGUUCGGAUCGGACGAGGACGAAGAAGACGACGAUAAUUCUCAAAGUGCACUCAACCUUUCUCGCGAUAACCCCGGACAAGCUAAAAUGAGACCCGGCCACAACAGAAAAAACACGACACCCGUGAAACGCCAGUGGGGUUCCGCCGGCCUACCGUUAAAUCUCGGCACCCAACUUAUAAACCCAGCGACCGGAAAGAAGCGAGUCCAAUGCAACGUCUGUUUAAAAACGUUCUGCGACAAGGGAGCCUUGAAAAUCCAUUAUUCCGCUGUCCAUUUGAGGGAAAUGCACAAAUGCACCGUAGAAGGGUGUAAUAUGAUGUUCAGCUCAAGGAGAUCUCGUAACCGUCAUAGCGCCAACCCCAACCCUAAGCUACACUCUCCACACUUGCGAAGAAAAAUAUCCCCUCACGAUGGAAGGAGUGCUCAAAACCACCCGAUUUUAAUGCCCCCGUUAGCGGCGGGACUGAACCCCUUGUCCUUCGGACCUUUCCCCCUUCUUACUCCCCCUCCGGACUUACGCCACCAAGCAGCGGCUUUGGACUUGAAACAGAGCCUCGAUUUGAGCGCUCCUAAGCACCAUGAAUCGCGAAAAGGGAGUAACGACAAUUCCGAGAACAUGGAUGACUACAUGCUGUACGACGACGACGACGACGGCAUAGUCGUGGAAGGAGGAGGCGAGGACGAUUACGAUAUGGAGACGGAAAAUCAUAAUGGAGAGAAACACGAUGACGAACACAUCGACAGGCGGACCAACAAAAGAUUAAAGAUGUCCGAAUCGGACGUGGAAGACGACGCUAUUAGCAACAUGGACAGUAACGAAGAUUCUCUCAGUGUCGUCGACAAUCAAAGCGUGAAAGAAGAAAACGGUGCCGAAAACUUGGUCACCAAAAGCUCUCGGAAGAGAAAGAACCAAAAUCCGACGAGGUGUAAUGUUUCUCAUUCCGUUAUCCCGAACGAAAGUAUGAGCGAUGACGAUUCGUCCAAUUUAGUCUAUCAGUCUCAUUCCCAAGAGAAAAAAAAAGUCACUUCCAACGAGUCGGGAUUCGACAUGACUAUUAAAAAAAACGAAGAAAUCAACGAAAACAACAAUACCAUCCAAAAAAACGAUGUGAAACCGCGUGAAGAGGAAAAAGGGCCUACUGAUCUUAGCGCUCCGGAUUCAAAAAAUGAGGAAGCCGAAAACUUGACAGUGGAGGCAAAAAAAACUCCGCCACCGAAAGAUGGAGAAGAAUAUGAAAACGUAGAAGAAAAACAACGUUCGUCAAGCGCUAAUGGUGAUAGUAUAAAAAACGAAGAUGUAAUAGACUCUACUAACGCCUUGAGGCAACUGGAAAAUUUAUCGCAAGGCCGAUUCGGAGAACUGAACCGAAAUCAAGAAUCGUACUCGAUCCCUUUCGGUGGGAGUGGAGACCCUCCCAGCCCGGCGAGGUCCAACGCGUCCUCCGCCUCAUCCAACGGCGACUCUCCAUCCGACGACAACGAUGGUCAAGUCUACGGCCAUUUCCAAGACGGCACGUUCAUCAGCACUAUGGAAGUUCCGAUCGAUAAGGACAACCCGAGGAUGUGCACCGCCUGCGGUAAAGUGUUCCAGAACCAUUUCGGCGUAAAAACCCACUACCAGAACGUACAUCUUAAACUGAUGCACAAGUGCACUGUCGACGGGUGCAACGCCGCCUUUCCCUCGAAGCGAAGCAGGGACAGGCACAGCGCCAAUUUAAACCUGCAUCGCAAAUUGCUGUCGACCUCCUUGUCCGACAAGGCAGGGAUGUUUUUGGACUCGGCUCAUCUCUCGUCGCUCGCCUCGAAUCCUUCCAUCCACCCGGAGUUCUUGGCCCGACUUUACGCCGACACUCAGUCUCUGGCCCCACAUCUUCCGCCACCGGGCCUCUUGAACGGCGAUCGCCUCGGACACCCUCCUCUCUUCCUCCAUCCUCUGGGAUUACCGGGCUUUCCCGGCUUUUCUCACCUGACCGCUCCGUCUCUCGUCAACGGGACGCAUUCCUCGGGAUCCGAUUCUCCCAGAUCGGCCCAGGACUCCCCGCCUCCUGCGCAUCUAGUCUACGCCGACGACGAGGAGGACGUCGCGACUGACAACGACGGCGCUCUUCUAUGUAGAUACUGUUCGAAAGGGGUCAAGGACAGAUCAGCGCUCAAAGAACAUUACGAGGGGCAUCACCUCUCAGAUAUGUACAGGUGUAGUGUCAGUGGAUGCCCACUGGUCUUCGUCUCUGCCAAACGGAGGACGGCCCAUUCCGAGGACGAAGCCGCCCAUUCACGAUCACGUGCGUCGUGACCUGCCCGUUUAUCAGUUCCUUUUGUGAAUUUCCUGUGACAAAUCAUACCGGUCUCUCAGUGCUCCGAGGCGAUCCGUAACGUGCAAUAAUCAAAAUACCUUUCCUGUGUGCAGUGGACACGUCCGCCAAUAAUUCUACUAUUUACUUAUUAUUACAAUAUGUAGAAGUGUUUAGCUAAAGAGAUAAACCUCGUUAUACCGAUUUUCAAUUUACGGUUAAAUGUUAGACAUAAUAUGUGAUCGAUUUCAUCCCUAUAUACUAACUGUAAAAAUUAUAUAUAAUAAAAAAUAUUGAAAAAAAAGCAAAAAAAUUCUACUCUAACUGUUUGGUAUACGAUUAGGUAUGAUAUAUCGUUCUGUUUAUACAUUAUACAAACAAAUUAUGUAUUUAGUGUAGAAUAGCUCUCGGAUUUAAAAUCGUGAUUUUUAGUUCAUAUUUAAACAAAAAAAGUAUUUUAUGUAUAUUACCCACCAAUAAUAUAUUUACUUGUAAUUAUUUUUUUCACACAUACAUUUAAAGCAUGAAAUACUGAUAUUUCGGGUACUCGUAUUAAUGUAAAUAUAUCAAAUAUUAAUUGUUUUAUAGUAUAGUAAAUGUACAUUUUUCUUCAUACAAACAAAAACAAAUAUAUUAUUUAUGAGUCUUUUUACUCAAGAGCUAGUUAAAUAUUGUGAUAUUGUUUUUAUAUGUGUCCAUUAACGUUUUUAAAUCAAAUUGUCGAAUCAAAAUUAUAUUUUCGCUUGCUCUAACCUCUUUUUGUUAGGCCCGUAUUGAUGUAAUUCUUUAUGUAUUAAAUUAAAUUAGAUAAUGAAAUAUACAUAUAUAAAUAUGAUCUCUUCUUUCUAUCCUAGGCUAUAAUCUAUGUAUAUUGUAAUCAAACUCUGUGUUCUUUCAACGGAACACUUGGUUGUACCUUUCAAUACUCAUGUAUAGAAUGUCUAUCUAAGUUUGUUAAAAGAUAAUUUAAAAUGAAAUAAAAUUGCGUAAAUGUGUGUAACAUAUUAAUAUGCAUUGUAUGUAUAGGAGACGUUCUUCUGAAUUUAAAAAAUAAAUUUAAUCAUCCAUAAUGGU